AUGGUAAUCCGUACAAGUUUACCACUCCGUCAAACUCUAGGUCAACCUACAGCAUCAGGACGAAUUGUUAAGUGGGCAAUCGAGUUAGGACAAUACGAAAUUCAGUAUCAGCCUCGGACUUCGGUUAAGGGACAGGCCUUGGCAGACUUCAUCCGAGAGACUACUAGGAUACCCAUUGAAAAAGAGUGGAAAAUCUACGUGGAUGGGUCAUCCACGGCGACAGGAGCAGGAGCGGGGAUAAUAAUCAUCGAUCCCACAGGGGUAGAAGUUGAAUUUGCUAUUAAAUUACCACGAGUUUCCAAUAAUAAGGCGGAAUACGAGGCCUUCAUUCGAGGUAUGGAGAUCGGUCAGGAACUCGGGGCACGGGUGGUGCGAAUAAACUCCGACUCCCAGUUGGUAAUACACCAGUUGGAAGGAGAUUACGAAGUAAAAAAUGAUAGAAUGAAGGGAUAUGUGAACAAAGCCCGAGCGGUGCAAGAAACCUUCGAGGCUUGCACUGUGCAUCAGAUCCCGAGAAGUGACAACCAGCAAGCAGACUUCCUCGCCAAAAUUGGGUCGUCAGUUGCCGAUUGCGUCGAAAGAAAGAUUUCUAUCCUCGUUGCCCCCACCCCGACACCUGGAGUCAUGGUGAUCGACGAGGAGCCCGAUUGGCGAACACCUUUGUUCGCGUAUUUUAGAGGGGAACGAGCUGGUACAAAUAGAGAGCAGCAUCGCUUAGCAUAUAAAGCCAGGCACUUCUACGUGCGACAUGGGAUAUUAUAUAAAAGGAACUUCACCACGGUAGACGCGAGAUGUUUAGGAAAGCAGGAAGUAAAGCACGUUCUUCACGAGGUACAUCGAGGAGGUUGUGGAGAACAUGGGGGGGCUCGGGCCCUCAUACAGAAAUUACAUCGGGCUGGAUAUUAUUGGCUCGGCAUGAAGAAGGACACCCAUCAAUAUGUGCAGCGUUGCAUACAGUGUCAGAAAUUUGCCCCACUUAUCCAUAAACCAGGAGAGGAAAUGAUCAUCAUGAGCGUCCCAUGCCCAUUUUCCCAAUGGGGAAUUGAUCUAGUAGGACCUUUCCCCCAAACCACUGGUAGGAAAAAAUUCCUCAUUGUUGCGGUGGAUUACUUCACCAAGUGGGUCGAAGCCGAAGCCUUGUCAAAAAUAUCAGAAGACGAAGUCAUGCAUUUCAUUUGGAAAUAUAUCUGUUGCCGAUUUGGCCUACCCCGGAGCCUCGUGUCGGAUAAUGGCACUCAAUUCAAUGGCAAGAAGAUUCGCGCGUGGUGUGAAGAGAUGAAAAUCACACAAAAGUUUGUGGCAGUGGCGCACCCCCAGGCCAAUGGCCAGGUCGAAUCCACAAAUCGGACCAUUGUCAACGGCCUAAAGAAAAGGAUAGACGAGCUAGGCGGCAGCUGGGUGGACGAGUUACCUUCGGUCCUUUGGUCUUACCGAACCACGGCCAAAGCAGCUACCGGUGAAACACCAUUUCGGUUAACCUACGGAACCGAAGCAGUCAUCCCAGUAGAGGUGGCAAUGGACACACUCCGCAUAGCCACAUUUGAUGAAGAGACGAAUGGCGGUGCAUUAAGAACCCGGUUAGAUGAGAUCUUUGACUUACGAGAAGCAGCCUAG